GAGCUGCUGAGAAAAGUUCCAAACAUGGUGCAGAAGAUAAAACACAGAAUAUUAUUAGUGCUAUGAAGGAAAGAAUGAAGAUUAGAGAGAAAAAUAGACCAGAGGUGUUUGAAGUGAUCCAGGAAAUGUUUAAUAUUUCCAAAGAAGAUUUUGUACAAUAUACAAAAGCAGCAAAACAAAGUGUUUUGGAUGGAACAUCCAAAUGGUCAGCAAAAAUAACCAUCACAGUUCUUUGCGCUCAGGGCUUACAGGCUAAGGACAAAACUGGCUCAAGUGACCCAUAUGUUACUGUGCAAGUUGGCAAAAACAAGCGGAGAACAAAGACUAUUUUUGGAAACUUGAAUCCAGUAUGGGACGAAAAAUUCUAUUUUGAAUGCCAUAACUCUACAGAUAGAAUAAAAGUGAGAGUAUGGGAUGAAGAUGAUGACAUCAAAUCUCGAGUAAAACAACAUUUCAAAAAGGAAUCAGAUGACUUCCUCGGGCAAACAAUUAUUGAAGUAAGAACACUGAGUGGAGAAAUGGAUGUAUGGUAUAAUUUAGAAAAGCGAACAGAUAAAUCAGCUGUCUCUGGUGCCAUUAGACUGAAAAUCAACGUUGAAAUAGAAGGAGAGGAGAAAGUUGCUCCCUACCAUGUGCAGUACACCUGUCUACAUGAGAAUCUAUUCCAUUACUUGACGGAAGUUAAAUCCAAUGGUGUUGUAAAAAUCCCUGAAGUGAGAGGUGAUGAAGCCUGGAAAGUGUACUUUGAUGAUGCCGCACAAGAAAUUGUAGAUGAAUUUGCAAUGCGCUAUGGAAUUGAAUAUAUUUAUCAAGCUAUGACGCACUUCUCCUGUCUGUCUUCUAAAUAUAUGUGCCCCGGCGUUCCAGCAGUUAUGAGUACAUUGCUGGCCAAUAUAAAUGCUUUCUAUGCUCAUACUACAGCAUUUUUUUACCCCCCCCCCGCCACUAAUGUAUCUGCCUCAGAUCGGUUUGCAGCUACUAAUUUUGGGAGGGAGAAGUUCAUAAAACUGCUGGAUCAAUUGCACAAUUCUCUGAGGAUUGAUUUAUCUAAAUACAGGGAUAACUUUCCUGCUAGCAAUUCUGAAAGGCUCCAGGAUCUGAAAUCAACUGUGGACCUGCUUACCAGCAUUACCUUUUUUCGAAUGAAGGUCCUUGAGUUACAGAGCCCACCUCGAGCCAGUACCGUGGUGAAAGACUGUGUAAGAGCCUGCCUGGACUCAACUUAUAAAUACAUUUUUGACAACUGCUAUGAUCUCUACUUCCAGUUAGUGGAUCAGGGUAAGAAACAAGAAGUUCCUAAAGAAGAGCAGGGACCGACAACAAAGAAUCUGGAUUUCUGGGCACAGCUUAUUACUCUGAUGGUCACCAUCAUAGAUGAAGAUAAAACAGCGUAUACACCUGUCUUGAACCAGUUCCCUCAAGAGCUGAACAUGGGAAAAAUCAGUGCUGAAAUCAUGUGGACUCUGUUUGCCCAGGACAUGAAAUAUGCUCUUGAAGAACACGAAAAGCAGCGGUUAUGCAAAAGCACAGAUUACAUGAAUUUGCACUUCAAAGUGAAAUGGUUUUAUAAUGAAUAUGUGCGAGAACUCUCUGCUCUCAAGGAUGCUGCGCCUGAAUACUCCCUGUGGUUUGAACCUUUUGUCAUUCAGUGGCUGGAUGAAAAUGAGGAUGUCUCAAUGGAAUUUCUUCAUGGAGCACUAGAAAGAGACAAAAAAGAUGGGUUUCAGCAAACAUCAGAUCAUGCCCUCUUCUCUUGUUCUGUCGUUGAUGUCUUCACACAGCUCAAUCAAAGCUUUGAGAUUAUUAGGAAACUGGAGUGUCCUAAUCCAGAAGCACUAUCUCAUUUAAUGAGAAGAUUUGCAAAGACUAUCAACAAAGUGCUUCUUCAGUAUGCUGUAAUUAUUUCAAAUUACUUCGGCUCGUAUUGCGAUAAAGAAAACGUGCCCUGUAUCUUGAUGAACAACAUUCAACAGUUGAGGGUCCAGCUUGAGAAAAUGUUUGAGUCCAUGGGAGGAAAGGAGCUGGAUCCUGAAGCGAGUGGUGUUCUUAAAGAGCUUCAGGUGAAACUUAGCAAUGUGUUGGAUGAACUCAGCGUAACAUAUGCUACGAGUUUCCAAGUUAUUAUUGAAGACUGUGUAAGACAAAUGAGCAAUGAGCUGAAUCAAAUGAGAGGGAAUGGGAAUGCAGCAGCCAAUAAGAACAGUGCGGCCAUUGAUGCUGAGAUUGUGCUUCGGCCUCUCAUGGAUUUCCUGGACAAAACUUUAAGUGUCUCUGCAAAAAUCUGUGAGAAGACAGUUCUGAAACGGGUUUUAAAAGAGCUAUGGAAGUUAGUCUUGAACAAGAUAGAAAAACAAAUUGUGCUUCCACCACUGACAGACCAAACCGGGCCCCAGAUGAUAUUCAGUGCAGCCAAAGAUCUUGGACAACUGUCAAAACUCAAGGACCACGUCAUUCGAGAGGAAGCCAGAAGCCUGACCCUGCGGCAGUGUGCAAUCAUGGAGGUAGCAUUAGCUACUAUAAAGCAAUACUUCCAUGCUGGAGGAAGUGGGCUGAAAAAGAAUUUCCUGGAAAAGAGCCCAGACCUCCAGUCCCUAAGAUACGCCCUCAGCCUCUACACACAAACGACAGACGCCUUGAUAAAGAAGUUUAUAGACACUCAGACAUCUCAAAGUCAAACCACUAAUAAUUCAGUGGGUGAGAUAUCUAUACAGGUGGAUGUCUCUACACAUCCUGGAACUGGUGAACAUAAAGUCACUGUAAAAGUCGUAGCAAUCAACAAUCUAAACUGGCAAACAACAGCUAUGUUCCGGCCAUUUGUGGAAGUUUGCAUGUUAGGUCCUAACCUAAGUGACAAGAAAAGAAAACACGGAACCAAGACAAAGAGCAACACCUGGUCACCGAAAUACAAUGAAACUUUCCAAUUCCUUUUGAGUAACGAAGAUAAGCCAGGAGCCUACGAACUUCACCUCUCAGUGAAAGACUACUGCUUCGCUAGGGAAGAUCGCAUUAUAGGGAUGACAGUUAUCCAGCUGCAAAACAUAGCAGAGAAAGGCAGCUGUGCAUCUUGGUACCCCCUGCUGAGAAACAUCUCUGUCGAUGAAACCGGCUUAACAAUCCUUAGAAUACUUUCUCAGAGGACCAAUGAUGAAGUUGCUAAAGAAUUUGUGAGGCUGAAAUCAGAAACAAGAUCUGCUGAGGAAAUGGCCUAA